UACAUAUGAUCAACACUAUACCAUCUUCUCCUUGAAAACCAUAUCAUUAAAAUAACUUCAAUCUAGCUCCAACAUAUAUCAAAACACACAUAUACUUAAUUAUACAAACUAACACAUUUAUUUAUUAUAUAAUACAAAUUAUAAACCAAUAUGGAAAUUGAAGCACCUUCUGCUUCAAGUAAUAAUGGAAUAGUAGUGGUUCCUGGUUUAAGUCCAUUAAGUGAGUCAAUAUGGAAAGAAAAAACAAACACAAAUAAUCUAAUGGUUGGAGAUGUGUCUGCUAAACUAGCAUGGAAAGAUCUAACGGUUAUGGUUACAUUAAGUAACGGUGAGACUCAAAAUGUUUUGGAAGGCCUAACUGGUUAUGCUGAACCAGGGACUUUUACAGCCCUCAUGGGCCCAUCUGGGUCCGGCAAAUCUACGUUACUUGAUGCGCUUUCGAGCCGUCUUGCUGCCAAUGCUUUUCUUGCUGGAAAUGUUUUUCUUAAUGGCCGUAAAACCAAGCUCUCUUUUGGCACUGCUGCUUAUGUAACACAAGAUGAUAACUUGAUUGGGACACUAACUGUUCGCGAAACAAUCUCGUAUUCAGCAAGACUACGGUUACCUGAUAAGAUGGCAUGGUCUGACAAACGUGCAUUGGUAGAGAGUACGAUUGUAGAAAUGGGGCUUCAAGAUUGCGCCGAUACAGUAAUAGGGAACUGGCACUUGCGUGGUAUUAGUGGUGGUGAAAAACGAAGAGUUAGCAUUGCCCUUGAAAUCUUGAUGAGACCGAGAUUACUCUUUCUUGACGAACCAACUAGUGGUCUUGAUAGUGCUUCAGCUUUCUUUGUUACUCAAACAUUAAGAGGUUUAUCUAGAGAUGGGAGGACUGUAAUUGCUUCGAUUCAUCAACCAAGCAGUGAGGUUUUCGAGCUGUUUGAUCGUUUGUACCUGCUCUCUGGAGGAAAAACUGUUUACUUUGGUCUUGCUUCUGAGGCUUACGAGUUCUUCGCACAAGCUGGAUUUCCUUGCCCAGCUCUUAGAAACCCGUCAGAUCAUUUUCUGCGUUGCAUCAAUUCUGAUUUUGACAAAGUGAAGGCUACUUUGAAAGGAUCCAUGAAACUAAGGUUUGAAGCGAGUGAUGAUCCACUAGAGAAAGUUACUACUGCUGAAGCAAUCCGUGCUCUUACUGAUUACUAUCGUACGUCUCAGUACUGUUAUGCAGCGAACGAGAAAGUUGAAGAGAUGUCGAGAGUUAAAGGAACAGUGUUGGAUUCUGGUGGUAGUCAAGCUAGUUUCUUUAUGCAGACGUUUAUGUUGACUAAACGUUCUUUUGUCAAUAUGUCGAGGGACUUUGGUUAUUAUUGGUUACGGCUCGUAAUCUAUGUUUUGGUAACUGUCUGCAUUGGGACCAUCUAUUUGAAUGUUGGGACGGGCUACAACUCUAUUCUGGCAAGAGGAGCAUGUGCAUCCUUUGUGUUUGGUUUUGUGACUUUCAUGUCAAUUGGAGGUUUUCCUUCAUUUGUGGAAGAUAUGAAAGUAUUUCAAAGGGAACGCUUAAAUGGUCAUUAUGGCGUGACUGCUUUUGUGAUUAGCAACACGGUAUCUGCAAUGCCGUUUCUAAUAAUAAUCACAUUUAUAUCUGGAACAAUUUGUUAUUUCAUGGUUGGACUUCACCCGGGAUUUACGCACUAUAUCUUCUUUGUAUUAUGCCUAUAUGCUAGUGUGACAGUUGUUGAAAGCCUCAUGAUGGCCAUUGCUAGUGUCGUUCCAAAUUUCCUUAUGGGCAUCAUCAUUGGAGCUGGUAUUCAGGGCAUAUUCAUGUUAGUAUCUGGUUACUUUCGACUCCCUAAUGAUAUCCCAAAGCCCGUCUGGCGUUACCCUAUGUCAUACAUAAGUUUCCACUUCUGGGCUCUCCAGGGACAAUAUCAAAACGAUUUGAGUGGGCUGAUGUUUGACAACCAAACACCCGAUCUACCCAAGAUCCCAGGAGAAUACAUUCUGGAAUACGUUUUCCAAAUCACAGUAACAAGAUCAAAAUGGAUAGAUCUUAGCGUUAUUUUUAGCAUGAUUAUCGUCUACCGUAUAAUCUUUUUCAUUAUGAUAAAGAUCAAUGAGGACUUGACACCUUGGGUAAGAGGCUAUUUGGCUAGGAAAAGGAUGAAGCAAAAGAAUGGUGGUCAAAAUACAACUGUUGCUCCAUAUGGUCUAACUCAAUCGCCUUCUUUGAGGAAUUAUGUCGCGGAUAAUAGGAAGAGGUAAACUGCAUGGAUAUGAUGAUCAAGUGAUUCCGAGUUUGUUAGUGAAUCUAAGUGCUAUGAUGUUUGCAAUACUACUACCUACGACAACAAACUGAUCGUUAUACUUUUGUAUAUGUUUAUGAGGAACUCAAGCAUUCGUUACUAGUACCACUUUUACUUA